AGUAAAAUGAGAGCACUUUAUAUAUAAACACAACUUUGCCGGUGGCUGCUUAGGGUUCAAUUCAAAUAGAAUAAAGUUAUGCCGCUUCGGCUUCUGCGUCAGACCAAUUUAGCAUAUUCGGCAGUUGUCCUUCCCGACGAGCUGAUGGCGGAAAUACUGUCCUGGCUGUCCGUGAAACAUCUUAUACAAUUGAGGUGUGUCAACAAGUUUUUCCAAACUCUCAUCUCUGAUCCUUACUUUGUUCAAAUGCAUCUCAUGAAAUCUUCACGAAAACCUAAUCUCGCACAUAUCUGGCUAGACAGCUGGGAAGAUGAUGAUUCCCAUUUCGUUAGUCAAUCCAUUCCUCCUUUUAACUCCCUUCACAAUCAUCCUUCCUAUCGAUUGAUCGAUUUUGUCAGUGUAGACCGAGUUGUUGGUUCAUGCAAUGGAUUGAUAUGCUUGAUUAGUAGUUCAUAUCUCUCUCAAGAUGAAUGGCUUUGUUUCUGGAACCCUGCAACGGGAACAAAAUCAGAAAAUUUUAGACUAUUUUCCGAUCUUUAUUCUCUACGCCAAGAUUUUAAGUUCUCUUUUGGUUAUGAUAUUUCGAAUGAAACUUAUAAGGUGGUAGGGUUCAUGGUGGAGAUAGAGCUGGGUGGUAAUCUAAAAAAUGUGGUGAAAGUUUUCAGCUUGGGGGAUAAUUCAUGGAGAGAUAUUCAAUGUUUACCUGUGAUUCCACUUUAUUGGUUUGAUGGUUGUAACAACAAAGAUGUGUAUUUGAAUGGUACUAUUAAUUGGCUGUCCAAUUGCAAUCAUGAUUUUUAUUUGAUGGGUGUUAUUGAAAAUUAUGUAAUUCUUUCGCUAGAUCUCUCUACCGAAUCGUACACUCAGAUGAUGUUGCCUCGUGGUUUUGACAAGGGACCGAAAGUUCAGGCAAAUAUUGCGGUUUUGAUGAAUUUUCUUUGUUUCUGUCGUGAUUUUGAGAGAAACCAUUUUGUUAUAUGGCAGAUGAAAGAUUUUGGGGUUCAAGAGUCUUGGGUUCAGUUAUUUAAAAUUAGUUAUCAGAAUUUCUAUUCAAUCAACGGUAAUUUAUUUGAUAUUCAGCGGUUGGGAUUGUUGCCGAUACACCUUUCUGAGAAUGGUUAUACUUUGAUAUUGGCAAAUAUGCACAAGGCACCAGCAUUUAUCUGUGACUGCAGAGACGAUACAAUAGAGCGAAUAAGGAUUACUAAUAUGAAUCAGUGGUUGUGGGCUAAGGAUCACAUUGAAAGUUUGGUUCCGACUCGUUGAAAGUGAGUUUUUAUUCAUGUUUGUUUUGUGCUUAUUACAAUACAAGUUAGAGAAUGAUGUUUUUCAAUCAAUUAGAAUGUGCUCUUGUCACUCAAAUAUUUGAAUUGUUAUUUUGGUUUACUUAAAUGAUGCAUAAUCACUCAACUCUUUGAUUUUUUUUAAUGUAUUUUUAAUUGUUUUUUUAAACUAAGGUCCAAUGCAUUCAUUUCAAUCACUAUCCAUCUUCAUAC